ACGGUGGAGAAGAAGGCGACGGACGAAGACGUGGAGGGGGAGAAGGGGAGCUAGGGAGUGAGGUCAACGUCGCGCAACGGCGAGGCAAGAGGAUGGAGCAGCGGCCGGCGGCGGCCUCCGCGAGGACGCGCGGCCUUCUCGCCGGUGUCUGCCUCGUCUGGAUCAUCGGCGGCAUCUGCGCCACCGAACCACUUCAGGAGCCACGUUUCAUCAAUCAACCGUCCAGUAGUAGCAAUAUACUUAGCGAAAAUCGCACGAAGUUUCUGCAAUGCCAAGCGAGAGGCAAUCCUCAACCAAAGUACAAAUGGUUCAAAGACGGGAUGCCCCUCAACAACGAAGUCACCUCGGGCGAGCCUUAUUAUCGUAUUCUCAGUACGCGGCGCGAGGAUGCUGGGGUGUAUCAUUGCGUCGCAACGAACGACGUGGGGUCCAUAUUCAGCGAUCGUCUCGUCUUCGCCGUAGCUUAUAUGGGUACGUUCGAUGAUCUCACGGAGAAAGUAGUGACCGUCGAGUCGGGUAGCGCCGCAAUUCUGGAACUACCCCCGAUUGAGAGCCAUCCUCCCCCUGCCGUAACAUGGCUCUCCUCGGACGGGACUCUUCUGUACGGCAUAAAGUACGCUACGACUGAUCACACAUUGAUCAUACUAAACGCUUCGGAGAAUGACAUGGGCUCCUACAGAGCGAAGGCUAUUAACACUCAAUUGGGCACGGAGGUGAGCAGUCCGUUUUUUAAACUGCAAGUUAUCGGCGAUCCAAAUGCGGAAGUAGCCCCUACCAUAAUCAUCAAGCCGCAGGACACGCAGAUAAUCAAAGAUCAAGAUGUCACGCACAUAUAUUGCAUCGCGAAUGCUAGAUCCCUUCAUGAAUUAAGGACCUUAUGGAUGAAGGAUGGCAUUCCGAUCGAGAACUCUAGAAUAUCGUAUAGCUUUAAUGAUUCGUGGAACAGAACGCUCGCAUUGAUCUCAGCCAACAUAACUUACACAGGAAUUUAUUCUUGCCAUGUGGAUUUGCGGAGUGGUGGUUAUCCGACCAUAAAUGCGAGCGCUAAAAUUGUUGUAUAUGAAAAACCAACAUUUAUAACGGAAUUGAAAAGGGAAACUCUGAGCGAUUAUGGGUCCACAGUAACGUUACCGUGCGACGCUAACGGUGUGCCACCUCCUACAAUCACUUGGUUCCGUAAUGCCGAGCCUGUCAAUCAUUUACUGGGAACCAGAUACAUAAUGGAGGAAGACGGCUCACUGACGAUUAAGAAAUUAAGUAUGGAUGACUCGGGAAUGUUUCAGUGCCUCGCGUCCAACGAAGCCGGCGAAUCAUCUAGUUAUACCUGGUUGAAAGCGAAAACAUCUGGACCAAUAAUGGAAAACGGACCACAGAAUUUAACAGUAUUAGACGGUAAAGAUGCAACUCUAAGUUGCAAUGCGAUCGCGGCGCCUAAGCCAAAUGUCACCUGGUAUUAUAACGAUACAAUAUCUGUGGAGAUCGCUGGGAGAGUACAAGUCUUGGACAACGGCGAUCUUUUAAUCGCAGCGGUGAAACCGUACGACGCGGGAAAAUAUACUUGCAUCCGCGCGAACGAAGCCGGUUCUGUCAAUGGAUCGGCAUACUUAACCGUUAUAGUUCGGACUCAAAUUAUCCAUCCACCUGUUGAUACAUCCGUGCUUCUCGGGCGUACCGCCGAAUUGCAGUGUAAAGUUUCGAAUGAUCCCAGCAUCGUAUACGAUAUGGCAUGGUUUCAUAAUGGACAAGUAAUAAAUACGCAAGCGAGUCAAAGAGUGAAAAUGCGGUCAGACGGCACUCUCGAGAUCGUUACCGUUCGAGCUUCCGAUGUGGGCGAGUAUACAUGCUCCGUGGUGUCGCCGGGUGGUAACGAAACGCGAUCUGCUCGUCUGAGCGUGAUCGAAUUGCCGUUCCCACCGAUCAACGUCGUGGCCACGCGGGUCGAGAAGAUCUCGCCGCGCACAAUCAAUGUCACGUGGGUACCCGGCUUCGACGGCAAUAGUCCUACGAAAAAAUUUAUAGUCCAGAGACGAGAGGUGUCCGACCUAGGACCAAUACAUGAUCCAAUAUUAAACUGGAUCACCGAACGCGAUAAUGUGUCUGCGACCAGUCGAUGGAUAUUGUUGAAUAAUUUGAAAGCCGCAGCAUCUUAUCAAUUUCGUGUUAGCGCCGAGAAUAGCGUCGGUGAAGGUCCAUCGUCAGCAGCUAGCAAUAUCGUUGUCCUACCCCAAGAACGUAAGUGAUUAGACAAAAUUAAUCAAGUUAUAAUAGGAAAAAAAAACAAUAUAUCUGAUGUGUAUGUUGACUGGCAACCUCCAUUAGAAGAAUACCGAAACGGCCAUAUCUUGGGAUAUAUACUGAGAUAUACGCUUUUCGGAUACAAUGAUAGCCCAUGGACGAUACAAAAUAUUACCAAUGAAGCGCAAAGAAAUUAUCUCAUUACAGAUUUAAUCACAUGGAAAGAUUAUGAAGUGCAAAUAGCGGCUUACAAUGAAAAGGGCGUGGGUGUAUAUUCAAAGGGCUUGCAAAUAAAAACCAAGGAAGGAGUCCCAGAAGCACCUCCCACAAACGUGAAAGCGAAAGCGAUUAAUUCAACAGCGGUAAAAGUUUGGUGGAAGCCACCGAAUCCUCAGAAGAUCAAUGGAAUUAAUCAGGGAUACAAAUUGCAAGCCUGGAUUGGCGACAAUUUUACAGAUACGACUGAAUAUAAAUCGAUGACUGUGCCGCCGAGUUUAUUCGAUCCGCUCGCCGAGCAGAACGCUAUUAUGACAGGUUUAAGAAAGUACACUUUGUAUAAUAUCACGGUGCUCUGCUUCACCGAUCCAGGUGAUGGUGAAAGGAGUUCGCCUGUCGAAAUUCGCACUCGUGAAGACGUACCUGAAGAAGUGGAAAAUUUACAAUUUGAAGAUAUCAGCGAUCGUGCGCUAACAGUUAAGUGGUAUCCCCCCAAAGAAACCAAUGGUAUAUUGACACAUUAUCAACUGAAAUACAUGAUUAAAGACAUUCCGGAUUCUUUGCGCGUUGAGAACUUCACGGCUGAUGUGUUAUCGACCAAAGUAGAACAUCUUCAGGCACUGACUCACUACAAAUUUGAAGUGACUGCUUGGACAUCGAUUGGACCUGGCAAAUCAAAAAUAGCGACCAUACAAUCAGGCGUCGAACCGGUGCUACCAGAACCACCCACGAAGUUAGCGUUAUCCAACAUAGACGCAUUCUCCAUUGUGUUGCAGUUCACGCCAGGAUUCGAUGGAAAUUCGUCCAUUACGAAGUGGACAGUGCAGGCACAAACGGCGCGAAACUCGACGUGGUACACUAUUUACGAAGUAUCCGAUCCCGACGCCAGUACGAUCACCGUUGACGGUUUGACUCCUUUCAUGCAAUACAAGCUUCGUUUGAUCGCAAACAAUGUCGUCGGUGCCUCAGAGCCUUCUGAGCCGACCAAAGAGUUUCAGACGAUUCAGGCACCACCCUCGCACCCUCCGAAAAACGUCACGGUUCGCGCGAUGAGUGCCACCGAAUUACGCGUUAGAUGGAUCCCAUUGCAGCAAAUAGAAUGGUAUGGAAAUCCACGAGGAUACAAUGUUACUUAUACGGAAGUACGAUCGAACAUAUCAAAGAGUAGUAUUAUCGAGGAUCACACUGCGAACUCGUACAUUUUGGAAAAUAUGGAGGAAUUUGCUGAUUAUGAAAUAGUGAUGCAAGCAUUCAACGAUGUUGGCUCUUCGGCGGCGAGUCCAAAGGCUAUUGAACGAACUCGUGAAUCAGUUCCUUCCUUGGGACCGAUAAACGUAGAAGCAAACGCAACUUCCUCUACGACUAUUCUGGUGCGAUGGGGCGAUGUACCCGUGGAACAUCAAAAUGGACAGAUCGAAGGUUUUAAGGUAUACUACGGCGCGAAUUCCAGAUCAACUUUUCAGUACAAGAACAUUCCCAGCAAUACCACUUUCACAACCACUUUAACGGAACUUCGCAAGUUCGUCCAGUACCAUGUGCAGGUUUUAGCCUACACGAGACUCGGUGAUGGAGCACUGAGUACUCCACCUGUGAGAGUCCAGACCUUCGAAGACACUCCUGGUCCACCGUCUAAUGUAUCUUUCCCCGACGUGAGUUUAACCACAGCGCGCAUUAUUUGGGACACACCAGAGGAUCCUAAUGGGGAGAUCCUCGCGUACAAAGUCAUGUUUAACUUAAACAACAGCCAAGAUUCUCAUUUUUCUAGAGAAUUUCCAGCGUCAGAUAGAACAUUCAGAGCCAUCGAACUCGAAUCCGAAAAGUAUUAUAUGUUCUCCGUAACGGCACAGACGAAAUUGGGUUGGGGUAAAACAGCUUACGCGCUUGUAUUUACCACGAACAAUAGAGAACGUCCUCAAGCACCAUCGGUACCGCAAGUGAGCAAGUCGCAGAUUCAGAGUCGUCAGAUAACGUUUAGCUGGACACCAGGCAGAGACGGUUUUGCACCAUUAAGAUACUACACAGUGCAACAGUCAGAAAAUUCUGGACCAUUCCAAAUUAUUCCCGAAAGAGUGGAACCCAUUCUGACAUCUUACACGGCUAACAAUUUAAAGCCUUACACACACUAUCAGUUUCGUAUUCAGGCUACCAACGACAUAGGUCCAUCAGAGUGGAGCAGUGAGUCUGCUCAAGUACAAACUCUGCCUGCAGCGCCAUCAAAGGGUGUCACCGGUCUGAAAGUUGUCCCGAUAACAACAUCCAGUGUUGAGGUUCAUUGGAACAUGAUCGACGAGGUACAUUGGAGUGGCGAUUACGAAACUGGUGGUUACCGUGUUGUUUAUCAGCCUGUAUCAGAUUUCCCAACGCCUCUUCAGGCGACGCCGAAAGAAGAGAUUCUAGGAAUUAAACAAACUAAAAUGGUCUUAAGCGACUUAACGGAGGAUCGAUAUUAUGAGAUUGUAGUGCUACCAUUUAAUUCAGAAGGUGAGGGCCCGCCGAGUCCACCAGUCACUGUGUACGUGGGGGAGGCAGUUCCUACGGGGGAACCCCAACAUCUAAAAGCUGAGCCCAUUUCUUCCACCGAGGUUCAUUUGCACUGGAAACCUCCUCAAGCUAAUAUGCAAAAUGGCGAUUUAUUAGGAUAUAAAAUUUUUUAUUUAGUGACCGACUCUCCUCAAGAUUUAGAGAAAAAACAGGAAGAAGAGAUCGAAGUCGUUCCAGCGUCUUGUUUGACACACAACUUAGUCUUUCUUGACAAGUAUACAGAAUAUCGCAUACAAGUUUUAGCGUUUAAUCCGGCCGGAGAUGGCCCACGAUCUCCGGCAAUUACUGUGAGAACGAAACAGGAUAUACCAGGACCACCAUAUCAUUUGCAAUUUAACGAAAUUACCAUGACCAGCUUGCGCGUUUCUUGGAACCCGCCGAAAUUACGCAAUGGCGAGAUAGUUGGUUACAUCGUUACUUAUGAAACUGCAGAGCAAAAUGAUCGUUUCAGUAAACAAGUUAAACAAAAAGUGACGGAGACAAGUCUCCUUAUUCAACCACUGGAAGAGGAAGUGACGUAUACCUUCAUGGUUCGCGCGCAGACGAUCGACUUCGGACCGUCGAUAUCCGGCAAUGUUACAACUGGUCCGCAAGAAGGUUCGCCGAUGGAGCCCAGCAAUCUCGGCGUGACCAAGACGGUCUCCAGUGUGGAACUGCAAUGGAUUAACGGUGCUUCCGGCAAAGGUCCUAUACUUGGUUUUUACAUCGAAACUCGUCGUAAAGACGAUUCACGUUGGCAGACAAUAGUUCGUACCAGCAAUGGACCAUUGACGGAGUAUACUGUGUCUUAUCAAAAUUUACUACCGUCCACAUCGUAUUUGUUUAGAGUAAUAUCAUACAAUCGUUAUGGAAUCAGUUAUCCAGCGUAUUCCGCCGAAACGAUUUUAACACCUUCGAAAUUGUACCUGGAAUACGCAUACCUGCAACACAGGCCGUUUUACAGGCAGACCUGGUUCAUGGUUACUUUAGCAGCUAUAUCAAUUAUAAUUAUCAUUAUGGUCAUAGCAGUAUUAUGCGUGAAGAGUAAAAGCUACAAAUACAAACAAGAGGCACAAAAGACUCUGGAGGAGUCGAUGGCGAUGGACGCGGACGACAGGCAGGAGUCAGACUUAGAAUUGUACAGAUCACGCCAGGGUGGAGGCGGUACCGUUAACGCGGCAAGCGGCACUCUGGGUAAAAGAAAUACAUUGGCUCGAAAGGCGAUGCAUCCUCCGCCACCCACGAUGCUGGGCAAAUCGCCUCCCAGGCCUUCUCCAGCGUCGGUCGCCUAUCACAGCGACGAGGAGAGCCUCAAGGGAUACGAUGAGAAUCCUGACGACAGUAGUGUCACGGAGAAGCCCUCCGAAAUUAGUUCCACCGAUUCUCAGGGUUCUGAGAGCGAGAACGAGAGUGUGCAGUCUGAUCCACAUUCCUUCGUGAAUCACUACGCGAACGUGAAUGACUCAUUAAGACAAUCGUGGAAACGGCAGAAACCCGUCCGGAACUAUUCAUCAUACACGGACUCCGAGCCGGAAGGCAGCGCGGUUGUUAGUCUGAAUGGCGGUCAGAUCAUCAUGAAUAACAUGGCCAGAUCGAGAGCGCCGCUUCCCGGUUUUUCGUCGUUCGUGUAAUGAAACAAAUUACCAAGACUACGUUAAGAUAGGAACUUUUUUAUUCCUACAUCAAAAUUACUAUCGUUCUUAGCUACUUCGUUCUUAGCGAAGUCUUUAUAAAUAUACGUAUAUAGAGCGAAAGACUUAUGUCGGGAACACGUGUGUUUCGCAUGUGCUCCUGCGACGGCAUAGACUUAUAGCAAACUGUAGGAAGCUUCAGGCAUCUUCGUAUUGUGAUAUAUUGAUACAUAUAUUAUUUAUAAUUUUCGAUAAGACAUUUUGCAUUUAAUACUUUUGUACUUUCUCGGAUUAGCUUUAAGAAUCAAACAGCUAACGUACGAAUCUCGUACAAAUAUUUUACAAAUUUCGUGCCUGUGCAGAACAGAAAAGUGUAAGUCCAAAUAUCAUUCUUUUUUUCAACAGAUAUUUCGGUCUUAUACCCUUCUAUUUCUCAGGUACGCAAUUAUAGGUACAUAAUUAUAUUCGAUCCUGAGAAUCUUGUAUUCUUUAAAGGUAUUUAUAUCGUCGACACAUUUAUAAACGAUAAUCGGGAUCAUGAAUAUCGCAGAAUUUUCAGAAAAAAUAUCCAUUCAGACUUAACAUUGCAAUCGUUGGCCUAUCAUAUCAUUUUAUUAAUCCAGUAAAAACUUUAAUAAAGAUCGCGAAUUGUGGGGCACUGUAUAAAUCCACUCUUAUGCUGGCGUAUUUGCACUACGUCAGACAUGCUUGUAAAUAUGUUAUAUACUUCCUGUAAGAAUGUAGAUUUUGUAUAAUGCUGCUAUACAUGUAUUUAGCGGACUAUAUCUAUCGCAUUCGCAUUUUGUGAUAAUACAGUAAAUGCUCCAUAGUCGUGGGACUUACAUUUUACUAAAUUGUCACGAAUACGGAAUCGCGAUUCUGAAAAAU